AUGGCUGAACGAAAGGUGGACUUUGAAAACAGGGGUUUUCAAGGCAGGUGGGAGGCAGAAUAUAUGUUCACAGAUAUAAAGGGCAAACCUGUUUGUCUUGUGUGCGGAGACGGUGUGGCUGUAAUUAAAGAAUAUAACGUAAGACGACACUAUGAAACGAAACACCACGACAAAUACAAGCAUCUGGACAAGCAGCAGAAGCCCGCGAUGUGCGGUCAAAAGAAUGGAUUGGUGGGCAGGAUCCGGGAGAAGAUGCGGGAGGAAAACGGCGCAGAGACAGGUUGUUGACUCUGCACCAGUCCAGUAGCUGCUGCACCUCCCCUCUGUAAGCUGACCCGUCGGACUCCAGCACCGAUUUGCAAAGGACACAAGAAACUGCUGAUGCUGGAAUCUGGAGAAACAGACAAUCUGCAGGAAGAACGCUAGGUUCCAGGUUGGGUCAAAUCGCUGCGGCAGGCGUCCUCAGGAUACAUCGACAACUCCUUUCCUCCCAUGGAUGCGGCUUGGCUCGCUGAGCUCUGCUAACUGACUGUUUAUUGCUCCAGCAUUUCCAACCUCUACCUGGAUGUCCCUGCUCCCCUCACCCCAUCUGUCUCCAUCUCCUCUUUCUUUCAUGUCCCCCUGCACUGCAUUGCUACUGUUUUACCUUGUACUGCCUCAAUGCACUGUGUAAUGAUUU